UGGUCACCCAUCCGUUUCCUGCCUCAGCAGCAGAGUGGUGUCGAGAGACAGGGAAGACCGAACAACACCAUAACCUCAACCAACUCCACUAUACAAUGAAACUGCCACCAAUAGUAUCCUCUCUCGAGGUCGGCUUCUUCACGAUACUGCUGGUGACUGGUCUCUCCACUCCAGGCCAGGCUGAGAUUACCAGUCUAGACACAGGAAACAUUGAAGACAUCCUCAACAAUGCUGGAGUGGCGUUGGUUAAUUUCUAUGCAGACUGGUGUAGAUUCAGCCAGAUGCUCCAGCCUAUCUUUGAGGAGGCAUCGAACAUCGCGAGGGAGGAGUUUCCUGAUGUCACUCAGGUGGUGUUUGCGCGAGUCGACUGCGAUCAGCACUCUGACAUAGCUCAGCGGUACAGGAUCAGUAAGUACCCUACGUUGAAGUUGUUCCGUAACGGGAUGAUGAUGAAGAGGGAGUACAGAGGUCAGAGGUCAGUCACAGCCAUCGCUGACUUCAUCCGCCAGCAGAAGGUCGAUCCCAUUAAAGAGAUACACAGUCUGGAGGAGGCCAACACUGUGGAUAGGGACAGGCGUAACAUUAUUGGUUACUUUGACCAGAAGGAUUCUGAGAACUACCACACGUUUGAGAAGGUGGCCAACAUCCUCCGAGACGACUGUGUGUUUCUAGCAGCCUUCGGUGACGUGUCCCAGGCAGAGAGGUUCAGUGGUGAUAAUGUGAUCUAUAAACCGAUGGGGGAGACCGUUCCUGACAUGGUGUACCUGGGCUCACUAACCAACUUUGACCUCACCUACGCUUGGGCGCAGGACAAAUGUGUCCCUCUGGUCCGCGAGAUCACCUUUGAAAACGGAGAGGAGCUGACUGAAGAGGGAAUCCCAUUCCUCAUCCUAUUUCACGUGAAGGAGGACACAGAGAGCUUGGAGAAGUUCCAGCACGAGGUGGCACGCCAACUCAUCAGCGAGAAAGGAUCUAUAAACUUCCUGCAUGCGGACUGUGAAAAGUUCCGUCACCCACUGCUGCACAUCCAGAAGACUCCAGCAGACUGUCCUGUCAUUGCUAUAGACUCCUUCAGACACAUGUAUGUGUACCCUGAGUUCAGAGACAUCGAGAUCCCUGGGAAGCUGAGGCAGUUUGUUCUGGACCUCCACUCUGGGAAGUUACACCGAGAGUUCCACCACGGCCCAGACCCGACAGACAGCACACCUGGACAGGAGGAGAUCGGUGAGGUGGCCAGUAACCCGCCAGAGAGUUCCUUCCAGAAGUUGGCCCCCAGUGAGACGCGCUACACACUCCUCAGGGACCGUGACGAACUGUGACCUCAACGACUUUACCACAACCCUGUGACCCUGACCUAUGACCCACGACCCCAUGGCACGCCCCGGAGUCGGUCAGAGUCAGGACAGGCCAGUGGGAUGGGACAGCAACACCAACUCACCCCCAACACCCCUACUGGACAGAGAGAGAGAGAGAGAGAGAGGAGGAAGACCAGGGAGGAGGCGUAUAAAUCCAUGACAGCCGUGUUGGAAUAACCUAUAUUUUCAUAACUCUUACGUGUACAAUUUUUAUUUUGGAUAAAAAGGAUGAAACAAGAAGAAGACAAUAGUGUGUGGGGGAAUUAGGACAAAAAAAAGAAGCAAAGCGUUUUAACUUUUAUUUUUGGAGCUUGUAAAUAAUAAUGUUUGUGCUGAGUGAGCGUCGGUCUAUGUCAUCCUGAUCUAAAUUAAAAACAGAGAUUACUUUAGGUUUAAAAAAUGUA